AGAUCUUUGUGUGAGCAGCAAGGUAGAGAGAAAAAAAAACCAACGAGAAAAGCUUGGGGGUUUGUUCUUGGCGUCGGCGGAGAAGAAGGGGCAUGGCGGAGCACAAGGAGGAGCACGAGUCGGUGAUGGAGUCGGUCAUGGACAAGAUCUCCGACAAGCUGCACGGCGACGGGGACUCCUCGUCCUCGUCCUCCGACUCGGACGACGACAAGAAGAAGGGGUCGUCGUCGGCGGCGGCGGCCGCCAAGGCCAAGAUCUACCGCCUCUUCGGCCGCGAGAAGCCCGUGCACGCCGUCCUCGGCGGCGGAAAGCCUGCUGAUCUUGUUCUAUGGAGGAACAAGAAGAUCUCCGGAGGGGUGCUGGCCGGUUCCACGGCCAUCUGGCUCCUGUUCGAGGUCAUGGAGUACCACCUGCUCACCCUGCUCGGCCACUGCCUCAUCCUCUCCCUGGCCGCCCUCUUCCUCUGGUCCAACGCCUGCACCUUCAUCAACAAGUCGCCCCCAAACAUUCCUGAGGUGACGAUUCCAGAGGACACGAUUGUGAACAUUGCCCGCUCGCUGAGAUAUGAGAUCAACAGGGGCUUCUUUACUUUGAAGGAGAUCGGUCAGGGCCGUGAUCUGAAGAAAUUCCUCAUUGUGGUUGCCGGCCUCUGGGUUCUUUCUGUUCUUGGGAGCUCUUGCAACUUCUUGACAUUGGCAUAUAUAGUCUUCGUGGUGCUCUACACGGUGCCAGUUCUGUAUGAGAAGUACGACGACAAGGUUGAUGCUUUUGGUGAGAAGGCCAUGAUCGAACUGAAGAAGUACUAUGCCAUCGUCGACGAGAAGUACCUCUCCAAGAUCCCCAAGGGUCCUCUGAAGAACAAGAAGCCAUAGAUCAUGCCCUGCAGCGACUUGCCAUCUGUGUUAAAUCUCAACUUGUCACCUCCCAUUUUGAAGGAUGGUUCUGUGUUAUUGUGCCUGUCUCUAGUCAAUACUUGCUAGUACAUAUAGGUUUGGUGUGCUGAUCUUUUUGUGAAGUGGAUCCAUGCCAGCUGAAAACUGUUGAUUUUUAUUUCUAUUUGUUUUUCAACUUUCAGCAUGGCUACUCCUGGGAGCCGCAAAUAUUGUGGCAUUAUCAAUUUAUCAUUGCUCUAGUGCCUAGUGAA